AUGUGGAAGCUGGUGUUCGACCCCCAGCCGCUGCUGCCGCUUGUGAGUGACUCGGGCGUGUGCGCGCCCGAGUCAUUCCUCUUCACUCUGCUGGGCUCGCUGCUUGCCAUGCUAAUGAGCCUCAUCAGCUGCCGGCUAUAUGCGGUGACCCCGCGCGGCUGGCUCUCCGCGCUCAGCCUGGCUCUUGGCCUGGCCUGCUCGGCCGGCCAGCUGACCCUCGCCUGGUGCGCCGAAGCCGGGCCCCGGAGGAACGCGCACUUCGUUGGUGCGUAUGUGGCGUUCGGCUGUGGCCUGGCCUUCAUUGGCCUACGCACGCUGCUGACGCCAGCCGGCUUGAACAGACUGAGGCUCUUCAGGGUCGUUCUGUUUGGCAUCGGCGGCCUUAGCGUGGUGGCAUGUCUCGUCGGCGACUGGUUGGUGCCAUCCGGGGCCUGGUCAGCUCGCCUCGAGCUGGUGGCGACUUGUGAUGCUUCAGCAAUGGAGACGUUCCGACUCAGCGAGUCAGGCAGAAUGUGCACCGUCUUCACCGUGGCCGAGUGGAUCGCUUCGCUGAGCUCCGUGGUCUUCUACGCGACCUUCAGUGCCGAACUCGGUGGCUGGCCCCGCUUCGGCCAGCGGAAUCUUGACAAGCCUGCCAGCUGAAAUCGCCGGGCGUCUUCCUGUUCCCUUUUUAAGCGUUUCCUUGAACUAAAAACACCCACAGCAGUCGUCACGCGGCGCUGCUCAAGUCUCUCACCUUUUGGGUUUUCAUUCCUGGACGUCGAUCAAUAUAAACAAACAUGUUCAAUAUAUAAUAACUAUGGAAAAUGCGCCACAAAAAUAGGAGAAAGGAUAAAUGCAUUGACGAAGCUUGGAAAUUCAAUCAUUUCCAAAAACGUUUGUCAAAAAAACUCAAAAGCUCCAUCAUCGAAGAACACAAAACGUUUCAGCCGGCAAUCAGCCUUCGUGAUUUUGCCUGGUGUGAAGGGAGUAUCGGAGAAGGUAUCGCGACUUUUAAAGCCACACGCUCUUGUAGCCACCAAACGGUGUGCAAACCUUGGAAGUUGGUUUGUUCGGCCCCAAGACAAGCUAAAGACGAAAAAAGGCAAUAAUGAUUUACCAAUACACACGUGAAUGCAUAUGGCGGUUCACCGCGCCCCUGGUGGCUAGGAGCGCCCGGAUGAGUCCCUCGGAGCUCACCCAAGUGAGCGUGGCUGGGUGCGUGGGCCGCCCGUGGGCGACAUUGGUUUUCCCAUGCGAUUUGAAGGUGCGGGUGUCAGCCCCUGCACCACCAAUCUCACGUGCGUGCCGGCUGACGUUCAUGUUGGUGUGAUCGGCGCUUGAGUUGCUGGUCCAGGCUGCGCUGAUGUCAGGCAAGCCUGCGCCUCGCUAUCCGCUUUCCCGUGUAUAGGUGGCUGACGUGGUUCGGUUACUGUGCAGGCUUCCGAAGUUACGUCGUAAACGCCAUCACGUACUGCGGCCGCAUGUUUUAACAACUGCGUUAAAGGCGACACCUGCAGCGAAUUAGAGCCGACGCUGCGAUAAACAACCUGAUGGCGUAAUGGGUCGUACCCUUGGCGCCGGCAACACAAGUGCAAGUUUAACAUGCUGUAUCCAUGAUCCAGGCAUGUCUUCACCAGGUUGCCCGUCGGAUUGGUACAGCCUCCUCUGGGACGCAAAGCUUGUCGUGUACGAUGGCUGUGCUUGAGGGUUUUCCGGGUUUUCUUGUGAUGUCAAAUAUA